AUAGUUAUCGAGCCUUUCUCUCGUCGUGAGAAUUGCACGAAACUUCCAUCACAAACUACACACUCGAACUCUGUUUGUGGUGUUCUUCCUUUACCGAUUCAAUCCAACUCGUGGGUUGAGUAUAAGCUGCGUUUCUCUGAGCAAAAAGCACCUUUGGUGCUUUAUUACACAGAUAUUUCGGACAUGGGCUAAGAGCGGAAACCAUAACACUGUAACAUAGUACAGAAGACGGUGGCUCUGUUUACUCAAUUCCCCAUUUUUAAUCGGAAAAAUGUAAAAAGAGAACAGAGGAAGGAAGGAAAUUGCUGCUUUCAAGAACAUAAAAAGGAAAAUAUUCGAUCGUCUUCGGGAGGAAGAUGGGGAAGAUGGUGGCUCUCAGGUCACUAUAUCGUGCAGCUUCUCGUAGAUCUUCGAUAUGCUUCGCAGCUAUUGCCGGCAACCAGCUCCUUCACCAUCAAUCAGCACGUCGAUCCUUGUUCACUUUCUCUUCCGCCACCGUUUCUGCAGAUCGCAUCCCUUCUGGUUCCCGGUCUCCUUUGGCGAGCAGCAUUGGUAGUAAAAGGUCUUAUAGUGAGGAUGUAGCACACUUGCCCGAGAUUAAGGACCCUGAUGUCUUAUGUGCUUUCAAGGACUUGAUGGCUGCAAGUUGGGAUGAAAUUGAUGCGAAAAUUGUCCAUGAUGUAAAGAAUGCUCUGUCCAAAAACUCUGAUGACAAAUCCGGUCAAGAGAUCUUGAAGAAUGUUUUCCAGUCAUGUGAAGUUGUUGAGGAAUUUGGUGGGAUGAUCAUGACUCUGCAGAUAGAGCUAGAUGACAGCAUUGGGAUGUGUGGCGAGGUGACCCUGAUUGGUACUUCUGGACUUGCUGGAUCUUAUGUUGAACAAAGAGCUUAAAGUCCCAGAACCUGGGAUCUGAUUUAGCUUAGUUGCUACUUGCUAGAGUUUUUCUAGCUUGGAAUCUGUGUUUAUCAAUGGUUGCGAUCAAGUUGCUGCUCUUAGAAACACCUUUUCAAUUGGAGUUGCAUUGCAGUUCAAUAAAAGCUUAUCUAUUUC